CGGAGAAUACUUGUGCGCAGGAACACGCGCUCUGCAAUUUGUGAGGAAGACGCCGAGAGGUCGCCAUAUUGUCACAUGUCUAGGUUUUGGGCUCACAUGACCUGUUGUUUGGCCCCGUGAUCACUCGCUUCCUGGCAAAUUCAAAACAUUCAUUUCUAACCACAUGGAUAUGCUGGAUCAAGCACUGGACAGCAAUUCCCAAGACAAGAAUAACGAUUCAGCUUCAGAUGAUGCAUCACAGAUUCAUUCUGAUGUAAUCUGCGCAGUGCCGGAAGGUGUGGAAGUGGACAGCCAGGCCGCGGCUGCUGCUAUAGCCAGUGUUGCACCACAGACCCUCUUAGACCCUGGCAUCCAGUACCAGUUUCGGACCGAGAAUGGCCAGGGCGGGGUCACCUAUCGUGUGGUCCAGGUGGCCGCAGCGCCGGAAGGCACAGAGGCUGCCAGUGGGCAAGUGGUCACCACGGCAGCGCUUGUUGGCCAGCAGGUAGCACAGGCCAUUAUCUCCAGCCCCUUCGCAGCCACCACAGCCAAUGGAGGCUCCAGCCCCACUGCGGAAGGAGGUCAGUUCUAUGUGAUGAUGUCACCCCAGGAUGUCUUACAGACUGCUCCAAGGACAUUAGCACCACGAUCCCACAGCUUCAGCUCCAAAUCAGAAGGAAACAGGACAGCCAGGGAUGAAAGAAGGAGAGCAACACACAACGAAGUUGAGAGGAGGAGGAGGGACAAGAUUAACAACUGGAUAAUCAAGCUUUCUAAAAUCAUUCCCGACUGCUCAAGUGACCUGAACAAAUCUGGGCAGCAAUCGUCAGUGCACCUGCACAGCAAGGGGGGCAUCCUGGCAAAGGCCUGCGACUACAUACAGGAACUGCGUGCAAGCAGUGCGCGGCUGCCUGAAGUUAUGAAAGAAAACGAGCGAUUGGCUCUGGACUUAGAGCUGCUGCGGCAACAGUGCGACCAGCUCCGGGCCACCAAUCAGCUGCUGAAGGCCCACCUAGAACAGAGUGGCAUCACAGUCACCGAAGUGGUCGAACACACAUCCUAACAAGAGCUCUUUGACGGCCUAAAGAAGCAUGUCUAUGAAGAAAAACGAAGCACCCAAGUGAUACGUUAUGAUCCAGCUUUAGUGGGAACCAACCGGCUGCUGUGCAAGACAACUAGGCUGUCAAGAUCCAGGACUUAGACAAGGUGCUUGCCGUCACAAGGUGUGACAAAGUAUCUUCCACUCUGCACAGUGUUGAGGAUUCCCUUCUCCGUGCUUGGCCUUUUGGGAAGGAACAGGAAAGGGUUACAUAAAACGGCUUCUGGUGGUUCAAUGUGCCUGACGUGCAACCGCCCUCUUUCGUGUGCAUUGAGAGAACUUUUGCAAAGUGAUUUAUUCUUCUCUUCCUUUUGGAUGCUGUCCUGGGCUUGUGUCAUAGUGCCCUGCCUCUGCUACGAAAAGAGGGCACAGGGAGAACACUUCCAUUUUUCGUUCAGUGAGACCUGGCUCCCUUGUCUUCGAUGAUCGUGGUUGCGCGAGCAGGGGAGCCACAGUUUUGUGUGUGUAGUGAUCAAUGUUUCUUGGCCUUUUUGCCUUUGUUGGCACCGCCUGAUUGAUGAAUUGAAAAGCACCAUGUUCUGAAUAAUUGCAUCCACAAGAACCGCAUAUUGUUUUUUGUUUUGUUUUUUUUUUUUUGUGCCAAUGUAUGGUUGAAUUUUUACGUGCAGUUUGUUAUAGAGAAUCUUAAUGCAAGAGGCCUUCUAGGUGGCUUAUAUAAAUUCAGCUUCUAUCAUUUAGGAAGCUGUAAUAUUAAUAAGAAAGGGUUGCAGCUUCAUUAGGCUUUGUUAAGGCAGCAAGAUGCAGUGUGAGAGAAGCAUAGUACCUGCGUAGUGUGGUUGCACAUUGCAUCUAAGUUGGAUCUAAUGCACCUGUGGAGCAUUUGAAAAGUUUAGUUCCAGGUGCCUUUGCGUUUGUACUGGAAAAGAUGCUGGCAUCUAGUCAUUGCUCUAAUUUGUGCCUGCAUGAGUAUGUUCUGUUGAUAGUAUUGUACGGAGGUCGGAGUUACAGUAGCAAAUUGUGAAGAUGAUGCGAUUGCCUGUUUACUGUUGUCUCUGCCACCUUCUUCACUCUGUGCUGCUUUUCUUCUGUUGUUUGGUAGAGUUGAGCCUUGGCGCAUCUUCAAAGUAUGUGUGUUCAUGUUGCUCCACCAUCUGAAAGAAUGCUGGCGUGAACCAAAUAAAGGUACCAGACAUCCGUAAAGUGUUUGCGCAGUAGCGUUACCUUUUGUAUCGCGUCAUGUGAAAGCACCUGCAAUGAGCUGCUCUUGAGAGGCGAGUCAUAACAUAUGCAUCAUUUCUCCUGCAAGGCUUUGGUGAUGGGACAUUUUGUGUGUGUGUGGCCAGUGCGGACAGUGGUUUUCAUACUACUGCCUAGCCUGUGGCAGAAAGCCUUUGUACAUUGUGCCGAAUGCUUGGUACCUUUGUAGUGUGCAUAAUAGGCAAGCCUGAGUUGGCUGAAGUGUGUGUUGGCUGUAACCCCCCGCCCCCCUUGAAGCGCCAAAUUGUCGGAACAAUUCUGUCAUUACUGUUUUAGCAUAGCUUAAAUGUACUGGCGUAGACUUAUACUGCAGUACCAGGUGACGUAGAUAGGAAAGGCAAAGGUGGUGAUGACCUCUCGUGACGUAGUGUUCAACUACGGAUUCAAAAUGAAAGCCGUGGUGACUCCUUGUUUUCCGCACACUUCUCACAGCCGACAGACUUUCCCAAAAGAUCCACUCAGCAUAGUCGCCAUUGCAAUAAGAGCUCUGCAUAUUUCCUUUUAAAGCUUUCUCACAAGAGGUCUCCACCAGCAUUGCUGCUCCUGUGUAAAUCUUUCUGGAUUCCGCGUUAUGUUUAUGUUAGUGCAUCUACGCUAUGCUAAAAGCUCUAUAUUGUCAGCAGUUGUUGCACAGAGCUUCAUCGAAUGUUGUGACACAAGACUUUUUAGCAGCACAGUGAAUAAUUUAGAGCACUUGUUUUUUGUACGUUGAAUGUCAUGAGAGUGGGGCAUUGAUUGGAGAAGCACUUUCGUACGAGCUAUAUUAGGCAGUACAGUUUGUCAUGAGCAUGUCUACUCAUCAUUUUUUUCCCCCACUGUUGUCUGUUCUACAAGUUUACUUGUGUGUGAGAAAGAACCUUUGCUGAUGUAGGCUUGUUUGUGAGCAUUUCACUGUUUACUUUAUUUGGGCAUCUGGCAGGUGUAAGGCUGUUGUGCUAUGUUCACCCCUGUGUUGUAGCAUUAAUGCUUUCAAGCCUCGUUUUGUUUCUUCCUGUGCCAGUGCAACACAUUGUUUUCAGAAAUGAAUUUCAAUAAAUGAAACCUGGUGGACUACAGUGCGAGCACAUAGUGAUUCUGUUGUUUCUCUGUUUUAGGAGGCUUGUCUUUGAAUUUUCCAAACAAAUGGUAUGGUAAGACGUAAAUUCAUUUUUUGAUUUGUAGUGAAGCUCUGUUAAUAAAUGUUACAUUAAGUACAUAUUUGGUUUCAUAGUUGGUAUUAAAUGGGGUGGGGGGCUGUCGUGCACAGUUAUGUAAACGUCUGUAACUAUGUCCUUGCUUGAGAAUUCAGUGUCUUCACAGUGGUAACACUGAUGUUAAAUUAUUGCCGCAACAUGUGUGCAAUAAUUUUGGUUUUGCAUUCAUUAGGCAGUCAAACCCAUUUAUAAGAAACACUGUAAUAGUAAUAGCAAGAAGUGCAGCAGUUACAUCAAUAGCUUCUUACUCUAGGAUCACAGUGAAAAGCAUCACAUUGGAAAGGCGUAAUAUACAGCUAGUUACCAUAAUAAUCAAUGUUAUUGGCACUCCCUGUUUGAUUACACUUCUUGCUCACCUAAACAUGUUAAUGCUUAAAUAGUGGACCGGCAGAAGCAAGGGCUAGCAGGCACAGGCUUUCUUUAUUUUUCGUGAUGCAGUGCCUUGGCAGCGUGUGGCUGGUGUUGUGCAUGGCAUUGCACGCUUCCUUAGCCCAAUGUGUUAAGCCGCCACUGGCACGUGGUCCCAUACAUCUUUUUGGACGUGUUUAUGGAGCUUCAGCCUGUGGCUUCCUUAAGUGCUGUUACUUAUUUUUUAGGAUUUGUUGACAAGAUGUGCAUUGCACAGACAG